AUGAUCAGGUCGUUUCGUCGCAGCAAACGUGAACUGAGCAGCCUGUCGAGCUCAUCGCCCAAGCAUAACAUCACCCGGGUGGCACUGGCUCUGGAUACCGACGUCACCGCCGCCGACGACGUCCUCAUGCUGCCGAAGAAAGUGAUCAAGGCGCUUUACGAUUAUUACCCUCAGGGUCCUGGAGAACUCAAAUUUGCCAAAGGCGAUUUUUUCCACGUGUUGGAGGAAGAGGCUCAAGACGUGCAAAACGGGUGGUACGAAGCCACCAACCCCGUCACCCACGCCAAAGGGAUGGUGCCCAUUCUGUAUUUUGAGACUUUCAAACGUAAUCGCCCGAAAACUAACGGGCUGAUCGGUCUGGGGAUGCUGACGUUGGUGGCAUCCACCAACCGACGACUGGGCGGGCUGAGCACCCUCUACGCUCAGGUCCUUUACGAAUUCAAAGCCGAACGCGACGACGAACUCAGCAUAUUCCCGGGAGAAAACUUAAUCAUUUGUGCUCACCAUGAGUACGAAUGGUUUAUUGCUAAGCCAAUUAACCGGCUAGGAGGUCCAGGCUUGGUCCCAGUGUCCUAUGUCAAAGUGAUUGACCUUAUGGGGAUGCACCCUAAUCUCGACAUCAAAGAAGGCCAGAUUUCUCCGCAAUUGAUUGAGAAGUUUAACAUCCCCACUGUCGAACAAUGGAAAGACAUGACGGCACGGUACCAGGCGCUGACGAUCCCAUUGGGACAAAUCGCGAUGCUGAAUACUGUCCACACCCCCACCAGCCAUCCGGGUCACCUGCAACUGCUGUACUUCCCCGAACUGAACCGCCUGAGCCUCGCUCUGACCAACACCCAGAUAUUGGAUGCCGGCGUCGACCUGUACCAGCUUGACCAUGGACGUUACCAAUACCUUGUGGUGGCCAAAUUAAGUAACGGACGCACCCGAUACUUAUACCGAUAUUAUCAGGAUUUUUACGAUCUUCAGGUGAAGUUGCUUGAGCUUUUCCCCUUUGAAGCGGGACGCAUGGAAAACUCAAAGCGGAUAAUCCCGCUGAUCCCCGGCCCGUUGAUUAAUGUCAAUGACCUGAUCUCAAAGUUACGGCGAGAAAAAUUGGACGAAUACCUCCACCAGUUAGUGGCUCUCCCAGCCAAUAUCCUGCGGUGUGAUGAAGUGUUACGACUUUUUGAAGUGUUAAAUAACGGGUUUGACCGCGAAGUUGAAGAGCCACAAACCCGGCGAGCGUCAAAGCCCAUCCUGCAAAAGCUGAAUUAUCAGCAAGACCGCUUAUCUCAAUACGCCCACCGCACCCUGAACGCGCUGACGGACCAUCUGCGCCACCUGAGCACCACCAACUUGACGUCGAUGAACCCUCAUUCAUCGUCGCAAGACCUAUUUGCCAACCUGGCUCUGCGGAAGGUGAAGGUCAAGUUCUAUUACGAUGAUGACAUUUUUGUGCUUUUACUCCCCACCCUGUUACAGUUGAAGGAUCUCAAGACCAAAUUACAUCAACGGCUAAACGUCACUGGUGACCAGCGGGUGUGUUUGUUCUUGAAGAAUGACUACGACGACUACCUUGCCGAGCACUCAGUGGACACGGUGGCCCCCGAGCACCGAGAGGCGAUGGCCGAGUUUGAGGUUGACGACGAUACGAAAUUCCAACUGAUUCUCUACGACAAGUGCAAGCUUGUAAUUUUAGUGCAAUAA